UGCUCGAGAGCUCUCUCGUUGGGCCCCAAAUUAACGAUUCGAAAAUUAGGGCUCGCACUUUUCCUCAAUUCAAUCCGAUAUUGCAACUAGUCUUCCAGAUCAUCGAUCGAAUUCGACUACGAGCAAAUUCACUUCCGCUCUCCAUCUCUGAACAUCGAUCCUUGAAAGCUUGAGCAUUGGGAGGGAUCUUGCGUCUUCAAUCAAAAUCAAGUCGCCGAUCGGGUUGGCGACCCCAAUGGCGAUAAUCGGCGAUGCGCUGCGCCAAGCGUUCAUGCCGAAGCACGAGUACGAGAGCCUCCGCGACGAGGACAAGGCGUGGCUCAAGCUCCAAAGGCCUGCUCUGCUGAUCCUGAUUUCUGCGGUUUGCGGUCUGAUCUUGGUGUGCACGAUCAUUAGCUUGAACAUACUGUUUCCUGGAGACGAUAGCGUGAAGAGACCGUUCUGCGGCGACCGGAGGGUAUUGCCUCUGUCGAUCAGCGAGAAAGGCGGGGCCGCCGAGUCGUUCCCGGGCGCGUUCUACUUGACAGAUGCGCAGACGGUUGAUUAUUAUUGGAUGGUCGUGUUCGUUCCUUCAAUGAUCAUUUUCGCGGUUUCCGCUGUUUACCUUGUUGCAGGAAUCAUCAUCGCUUACUCUGCUCCAACAAGGCAUGCGUGCUUGAAAGUGGUCGAGAAUAAUUACUGUGCUUCGAGGAGGGGUGGGGUCCGGUGUCUUUCUAUUCUCAAUGUCGUCUUUGCUAUUGUAUUUGGCCUUCUUGCGAUAUUUCUUGGUUCAAGCCUCCUCACAUUAGGCAGCAGCUGUUCGGUGCCCUUGUUUUGGUGCUAUGAAAUAUCAACUUGGGGGCUUGUCAUCUUAUACGGAGGGACUGCCUUUUUCCUGAGAAGGAAAGCGGCCGUUAUCCUCGAUGGAGGAGAAUAUGGUAGUCGGACCCUGGGUCUCGAAAUGCUCGAAGCUAAUCCAUUGGAAGUCACUCCCGAUGUGGAAAGACGUGUCAAUGAAGGGUUCAAAACAUGGAUGGGAUCAUCCCUCUUGUCCUCCGAUGAAGAGGAUGAGCCGGAAAGCUACAUGGAAGUGCCUCAACCAAAUCUCACUGGCUUCAACGGGCAAAGAGUGUGACUUCGGAAAGAAGAGUUGCCUAGAUUGAGACUCGAUAGCAUUUGCAUGUUAUCCCGGACCACUGCAGAGCAUCAUCUUGCUGAAAGAAAUUGCAACUGAUGAACGACGUGUCUUAGAUUACAUAAGUUUCGGCAAUCUUCGGCCAACUGAGGUCUCGUCUCUGACGUCUGGCUCUGACCUACACCCUGGGUAAUCCUCAUAGCUUGUGAAUAAUGAACGAUUUUUUGCCCUCUCAUUUGGAAAUAGUCUACCCACACGGUAAAGCAGUAAAGGAAGCACUUUUUUGCUGAUGGCUUCUGCACUUAAUUCAUGUUAAGAGUUUUUUUAGGGACAGAUAGAAAUGAAACGCUGUGUAGUUUAUGAC